UUGACAUCUGGACUUUAUCGGCCCAGUGGAUUACCUCCGACCCUAAAGUCACUAAAGAUGUGGCCGACGGCAUUCGCUGGCUUCGGGUACAGGUUUCAGCACGGAUGAUGAUGCGGAAACUAGUUCGAGUCUGAGCUCUAGUGCUCAGGAAGACCAACCGAGCCGCAGGAAGGAGCUGCUGAGGCCAAUGGAAGCGACAGUGGUUAUCUCCGGCCAAUCUACUAGAGACGAUCUCCUCAACACCGUGGCAGACCUCCAUGCCCGUAUUGCAGCAAUGGAAAACAACCGCAACUCGGCUGCCAUGGAUUGGUCAGAACACCAAGACGAUGAAUGCAUCCAGGCUCGCCUUCCAGACACGGAAUUUACUCCAUACGCCAAGUUUUUGGAAGCGUUACCUUCCAUGCAAAAAGAUUUUUUCCGGUCCCCUCUACCGGACAUGGAUCGGCGACGUUUUCUGGCCGACUGCCCACGCAAUCUACUCAGGAACUAUCAACCGCCUCCAGUUAACUCAGUCAAUAUGGGUUCCUUAUCCCGAAAGUUCGACACCCAAAUGGCGGAUGUUCAAUAUCGGUUGUCAGGCCUCACCAGGCCUUUGGAUUACUUCUUACAUCGGGCCCUUCAACAAGUUUCCACCCCUCAAGACGACAUCAUUGAUUUCGUCAAUGCCAUGCACGAACUCAUCAUGGACACGGCGUCUCAAAUCACGCAGACACGCAUCGACAAUUUGUACCGUGGAGCCGGUAUGCAAGGACAAGCACCACGCUUGACCCGUGGAUACUGGGGCCGGUGCUUCUAUCAUUAGCGAACCUUUGGCGGAAGCGUUGGGCUUAUCUAUCGAUAAAUCCGACCGUAUCAACGUUCAAGCCUUUGAUGGCACCGAAGGAAGGUCGUUAGGU